CUUCAGUCAGGAAUUGAAACGCCUGCCCAGCGACAAUGCGGACACAUGAGUUCCUUGUCUCGGCCUGAGAGGCCUUGUGACCAUUGCCGCAGAGUGAGGCAAAGAUGUACACCUAUCCCAGGGGAUUCUUGCACCUUGUGCCAGGGACGGGUCUGUUCUUACGUUGAAGCACCCCCCAAGAAGAGAAAGAAGCCAUCGAAACCAGUCACCAGCGGAGCUAAUACCGUUUCUCCGCUGUCUCCAGAGGCAAAUCAGAGAGAAUCACCACAGGACUACUCGAGCUUACCAGGGGCAUCGUUAUUGAAACACACCCUCGGUCAUCAGCAUUUCCGAACGAAUUGCUACGUCGGAGCUACUUCCUUCCCGAGCCGUGUUCUACUUGAUCUUGCGAGAGAUGAUCAACAACAUGGUAACUACCGGGCCUCUCAACCCGGUUCCGAUAUACGACGUGUGGGUGAGAAUGGCUAUUUUCUCAUCCUUCCUGACAAGGACGAUGUCAUAGAAGAACAGCUCCAGCUUCUGGACAAAAUUGAAGCCACCAUCUCGCCUCACGGCGCUGCUCUGGUGGACUUGUAUUUCCGGAUUGUCCAUCCUAGCUUCCCGAUCCUUCACAAAGAUGUCUUCCUGGAAAAGCACAGCCGCUCCUAUCGAGAACUGACACCUGCAUGCUUAGCCGCGGUCUACAUGCUUGCCUUGAACUGGUGGUCUUACAGUAUCGACCUGGCUCAUUUGAGCAAGCCAGUUAUUACUGAGCUUGAGAAGCUUGUUUCAUCUCUUAUGGCCUUCGACAGGGCUGCCAAAGUCUCCGACAUCCAGGCCGGUCUCUUGUUUCUCCAACGACCCCGUCAUGAUUCGUGGAGGUUAACCACUCAGCUUGUUGCUACUGCCGAAGAGGUUGGACUGCAUCGUGACUGUUCCGAUUGGCAAAUUCCGGAAUGGGAGAAAGGAGUCCGUAAACGUCUGGCGUGGGCUUUGUUUAUGCAGGACAAAUGGGGAGCGCUCGUUCAUGGACGCCCGUCGCACAUCAAAGCGGACAACUGGGAAGUUUCGCCACUUGAGCUGGCCGACUUCCCAGAGAACGUCGACGAAGACCAUGCAGAGCAAGGCAGUUCCGAAGUCGAACGGGGCAUCCUCAUUUUUAUGCACAUGUCGUCCCUGACGCAGAUUGUUUCCGACAUCAUUGACGCAUUGUUCACGGUGCAGGCUGCCAUGAACUAUCCAACAACUGUAGACUUGUUGCAAGCAGUCAAGCCGCUCCAGUUACGACUGAAAUCCUGGUAUACAAGUCUACCUUCGGCUUUAGAUCUAGGUGCCACUCAACCACGGAAAUUAUCUGCUACAGGACAGCUGUAUCUAGCCUACCUUGCUGCAGAGGUGACUUUGCACAGGGCUAUCAUCGAGUCAGAAAUGAGGCACCCUCUCGACGCUGAACUUCGCCAGAUCACCCGUGGUGCAGCAGUUAUGAGAUUCCGGUCUGUCAUCGACUUUCUAAAACGCCUUAAGCCCGAACAUAUGCAAGGUUUCUGGCACUUUGCGUCAGAGCCUUCUCUGGCCAUCAUAUGCACGUUUUCAAUGGUAUUACUGGCCACCAGUACGGAGACGCUCGAGUCUAAAGACAUUUUCUCUCAAAUUGCCGAGUUUCGCUGGCUUCUCAAUAUUAAUCCCAGUGCGAACUUUACGAGAACAACAUUUGAUCUUUUGAGGACAAACGCAGGGUUUUUGGCCCAAUACCGUCAUCAGCGAAGCGCCGGAGUGAGCAACCUUCAUGCCGACCGUCACGCGAGUCGAUCGCAUGAACCGGAACAAGCAAAAGGAGUUCUACAACCCAACGAAGCUAGAGAGAGGCAAGGGGACAUCGGCGAGUUCUCGCCACAAGGGCUCGAUGUGAGUCCAGAUCAAAACUGGUUUUACAAUUUCGAGGACUUCGAAUUGCAUUCUUGA